AUGACUGUUGACUUAGACCAAUACGCAAAGCCUGGAAAAAGUUACUACCUUGCGCUCGGUUUGGAAGGAUCGGCCAAUAAAAUCGGUGUCGGGGUCAUCAAGCAUAACUUGGGCCAGCUCUCGCUGACUAACAGUGCAGAGGUCUUGUCAAACGUAAGAGAUACGUACGUGACUCCACCGGGAGAAGGAUUUCUUCCAAGAGACACAGCCAGACACCACAGAAAUUGGGUGGUCCGUAUUAUCAAGGAUGCUUUAAAAGUUGCCAAGGUAAGCGGCCUGGACUUGGACUGCAUAUGCUUUACCCAAGGGCCAGGUAUGGGUGCUCCUCUACAGAGUGUGGUUAUCGCCGCCAGGACGUUGUCACAGCUAUGGGACUUGCCCUUGGUGGGUGUGAACCACUGCAUCGGACACAUAGAGAUGGGUAGGGAAAUCACUGGGGCCCAGAACCCGGUCGUUCUUUAUGUCAGUGGGGGGAACACCCAAGUCAUCGCAUACUCGAGACAGCGGUACAGAAUCUUUGGUGAAACUUUGGAUAUUGCCAUAGGGAAUUGCUUGGAUAGGUUUGCAAGAACCUUAAAGAUCCCCAACAUCCCCUUCCCGGGUUACAACAUCGAGCAAAUGGCCAAAAAGGGCAAGCAUCUCGUCCCCUUGCCCUACACAGUAAAGGGGAUGGACCUCUCAAUGUCAGGGAUUUUGGCCCAUAUAGACCAAUUGGCCAAGCAGAUGUUCUCCGGCAAGAAGCCACCUGUAGACGAAGAAACUGGCGAACCCAUCACUGCUGAAGAUCUUUGCUUUUCUCUCCAAGAAACGCUUUACUCUAUGCUUGUUGAAAUAACAGAGAGAGCAAUGGCACACGUACAGUCGAACCAAGUCUUAAUCGUGGGUGGUGUAGGGUCGAACUUGAGAUUGCAAGAAAUGAUGCAGUUGAUGGUCCAAGACAGGAAAGGCGGCUCUAUUCAUGCAACAGACGAGAGGUUUUGCAUAGACAAUGGUAUAAUGAUAGCGCAUGCUGGUUUAUUGAGCUACAGAACCGGCCAAACAAAUGAAUUAUGGAACACGGUUUGCACUCAGCGAUAUAGAACUGAUGAAGUGUUCGUGAAGUGGAGAGACGACUAG